AUGGCGAAAAACAUCUCGGUUACAGAGUUCCUGAUAGGUUUACACAAGCCUAAGCUGGAGCGGAGGAGAGCAGCGCUGGAAGAGAUGAAGAACAAGCUGAAGGAGGAGCAGAAGCGCGUCAGAGAUGAGAGACACAGAGAGUAUCUGAAGAUGCUGCAGGAGCGGCGCCAGGCUCUGGAUGAAGCAGACGAGCUGGUGGACGCGAUCACAGCCACGAAAGAGAGCGUUCAGUACGACCAUCCCAACCACACCGUUACCGUGACGACCAUCAGCGACCUCGACCUAUCAGCAGCCAGAUUACUGGAGCCGGAUCAGAGAGAUGAAGAGCGUGAGGAGGAGAAGGAUGGUGAAAAAAUACAAGCCCUUCCAAGGACAGCUGGAAACCCCCUCAUGUCCAAAAAGAUCCAGAGGCUCACGGCGUCACUGAACAGUCUCACUAAACACAAGCCCAAACAGGAAAUGAGGUGGAGAAACCAUCAGAGCGACAGGAAGUCAUCAUCAUCCACUCACGACAAGAAGUUAUGAAUGGGCAAAACCGGGAAAACACAGAGAUGCAAAAGAACAGGCCGGAACGAGCGCAAUCAGGACUGAUGAACGUCAUAUUCUCAGGAGAACAGUAGCGAUUAGUCGACGGACACGUGAGCGACUGACACAGCACUAAUCUCACAACUUCUCGACUGACGCAGCACUAAACUCACAAACUCUUGACUGACGCAUCACUAACCUCACGACUUCUCGACUGAC